AUGGGCGGGGCCGCCGAGCCGCAGCCCGCGUUGCUCGACGCGAUCCGCGCGGUCCCCGAGCGGAAGCUCCUCGUCGAGUCGGACUGCGCGGACGAGCGGAGCGCGACGCUCGCCCUGCCGCUGGCGCUGAGGCUCGUCGCGGACGCGCGCGGGUGGACGCUGGAGCGCGCGGCGCGCACGACGACGGAGAACGGGCUCCGCUUUCUCCGGGGCGACGACGGCGACGACCGCGACGCGGGCGGGGCGGAGCGGCCCGUGUGUGUUGCGUGCGAACCCACUGCGGGGAGUGACGAGAGUGCGAGGCCGCGGCUCCUUGUGGUCUCGCAGUGCUCGAGAUAG